GGAGCAUCGCCGCUUCUCCUGGCCGCUCAGCCGCUGUUCGGUGGACACAAGGACCGGCUGACCUCGCGCUGUUCCCCGCUCCGGUAAUCUUUCUCGCGGUUGUCGUGUUUUUUUCCCGCCGCUCGGGAUGACGAGUUACUCGGCGUUUCACUCCCAGCUGACGUCCAUCAUGGAGGCGCUGACCAAAGCGGCAGUGGCGGAGAUCUGCGAGCUGGUGGACGACAGCUACGCCGUCCUGCAGCUGGAGAUCAGCCGCAGCCACAAGGAGAACGAGUCGCUGCGGAGGAAGCUGGAGCUCAUCGAGUCCAUCAUCGCUCGGGGUCACCGGGGGAGCGCCGCUAUGCUGGACUACGGCGGCCCGGUGGAGGCAGAGGAAGGCGGCGGGGCGCUGCUGGACUUUACCGUCGAACGUGCCUUACCGACUGGACUGAGCUCCAAGCAGCUGAAAGCCUCAAACCUCAGAAGAUGUGGAAGAGUUCUGGUGUCGGAGUCGACUUCUGGAGCCGCAGAGGAUUCUCCGACAGCAGCUUCAGAGCAGCCCAGCGAUCAGGACGUUGUUCUGAUAAAAGAGGAAAUGGCGAAAGAGGAAGUUGACGAGGAUCUGGACAGAGACGAGAUGCUUCUGAACGAGGACGGAAGUGAGGCGGCGCCGUCGGCAGCAGACGACAGUGAAGAAGGGCCUUCUGGGAUGUCCAUCUCCUCCUCCGACAUCCGGCCGUGGGACCAGAACGGACUGUCUGAGCAACUCGGGCAUCAGGACUCCCACAGUGCACCGGGCUCACCAGGACCUGCAGGCGCCGCUGAAAGCAACUCUUCAGAAGUCGUGUUCGAUUUGGCCUCAGAGUCGGACUGCGACGCUCCACCUGCAGCCCAGGCGAGGAAGGCGUUCCUGCUCAGGUCGGGAGGAAACCCGACAUCACUGUCCGGCACCUCGGAGCUGAAGCGAGGCCUGAUUGGUUCCCUACCCUACGACUCAGAGCUGGAUCUGUGCUCCUCUUGGACCAACCAGGGCAUGCCCAGCAUGGUGCCUCACCGGCCGUACCUGAAACCGGACCACCGGCCGACGCUCCUGGACAAAGCGUCCGACAUGAACGCUGCCGGUUUCCCCUUGGCGCUGACCCUGGGUGGCUCCAGGCUGGACCCUCUGGACAUCAACAGGUACUGCAGAGAUCGGCGAUUCGUCUGCAGCUACUGCGGCAAAUGCUUCACGUCUUCCCGCAGCCUCGAGACACAUGUUCGCGUUCACACCGGCGAGCGGCCGUACAGCUGCGCUCAGUGUGGGAAACGUUUCACGCAGUCGGGUCACCUGAAAACGCACCAGAGCGUCCACACCGGCGAGCGACCGUUCGCCUGCGAGCACUGUGGGAAAAGAUUUGCCGGAAAACAGAACCUGAGGAUCCACCAGCAGAAACACCACAUGACUGAACAGACGGCUGCUCCGAUGCAGUACCAGCAAACCUCUCGAAGCGGCGCGAUGUCGGUGCUGAGCGGCCGGGCGCUGCAGCAGCAGCUGUCCGUCAUCAUGGAGGCGCUGACCCGGGCGGCGGUGGCGGAGAUCGUGGAGCUGGUGGACGGAGGCUACGCGGCGCUGCAGCUGGAGAUCAGCCGCAGCCGGCAAGAGAACGAGGACCUGCGGAAGAAGCUGCACCUCAUCGAGUCCAUCGUGGUCCGCGGCAGCAGCGGCGGGAAGGCGGUCGAGGGGGAGCCGAAGGAGGCGCCGACCGCUGUUGAGGCGCAGCGGCCGGAAACACCGCAGCAGCAGCGGGAAGGAGACGGAGCAGAAGUCGUUGCCGGAGGAGACCGAGGAGCUGCCGGGGCGGUGCGGGAGGAGUUUCCAGACGUCGUGUUGAUCAAAGAUGAAGACUCCGACAGUAACGACACCUUUGAGGAAGGUAACACAUCCCCUGUGGACGGGACGGCUUCAGCCAGAGAUGGCGUCUCGUCGCCUCCGGUCAGCCGGCGUAUGAGGAGACGCUGGCAGGGGAGCGAUGAGGCGGAUAAGAAGUCGUCCUCCGAGCAGCUCAGUCUGAAAACAUCCAAACUGACUGCAGCGACGCAGAAGUUAGUGUCUGUGUACUCUGUGGACUCUCCUCACAGCGAGCCGAGCUGCUCCGCUCAGCAGGGCAACGAGGUGGAGAUGGAGGCCGGCGAGUCGGUGUGUUCCUUCUCCUCACCGAUGGACCCGGACGUCCACCUGGUCCAGGAGUGUUCGCUGGUUCCUCCGACCUCCAGCAGGCAGGUGUACUUCAGCAGCGGCGCUCUGAUCGGGUCUCAGUCGCCGAGUAACCGAGCAGAACUGGAUCUGAACGUGGACCCAACGUGGUCCAAACAGUCGAAGGCUCAGAUUAGUUUUGCUCCGUUCCACCAAAACGAAAACAUGGACAACGACGCUUUCGGGCUAAAGCUGGUCAGCGUCUCGGGCUCGACCUCCACAGACUGUCAGCUGUCUGAAAGCAGCAGCUCGGCCUUCGAGUACGAAGACGGCGGCGGCGACAUGAUGAACUUUGCCCUCUACAGGGAACAGUCGGGCCGAUCGCAGCUCAGCAACGGGCAGCCGAGUGCUGGCGCCCGAGGAAAACGCUUCAUAUGCUCCGUCUGCAACAAGACGUACGCCACGUCGCAGAACCUGGACGUUCACAUGCGCAUCCACACGGGCGAGCGGCCGUUCAGCUGUGACCAAUGUGGCAAGAAGUUCACGCAGUCGGCUCACCUGAAGUCGCACCUGAGCGUCCACUCGGGUGAACGUCCGUACGGCUGCAAGUUCUGCUCCAGAAGCUUCAUCGUCCAAUACAGCCUCAAGCUGCACAUGAAGAAAUGUCACCCCAACGUCUGAGCGAAGACCUACAUGUUCUGUAAAUAUGAAGACGAGGAGCUGUGUACAAAUCAGAGUUUUUAUAGCGGUUCAGUUUUUAAAUGUGAUUUACAGUAAACAGAAUUUCUUUGUUUUUUGUGUAUUUGUUAAACAAGAGGAGACGUUUUAAAAGGGUCAUUGUGGACAUUAACAUUUUUAAUGUUUUAUUAAUCAACCUAUUCAGUGAAAGGCAGAUUUAAACAUCUCAUUCAUCUCCGCUGGUAGAAAGUCUAAUGUACAGAUCAGUAAAAGGGUUGUGUU